AUGGCUCUAAAACGAAAGAGGUCAAACUCCGCACCCAGGCUGCUAGAACCCAACGAGGAUACCUGGAGCACCAGCAGCACUAGUAGCAAUCGUCAAUUCGAACUAGCAGCCACCGAGUUCACUGUCAAAAUCGAUGUUCCAAAGCAACCAAGGAACAGAAAGAAGCCGAAAGCCAAAUUUGAAGUUGAUAUCAUCAGCAAGCUAAUAAUCCAGCCCUCAAAAUGGCACAGAAUGAGAAGUUACAGCAGUUUCAUCAACAGCGAAAUAACUUUCAAGCGUGGUGACAUCGUGGAAGUUAAACGCCCUGGGAACGAUGGUGUUCCUGGAGAGCGAAGGGAGUGGAUCGCUAAGGUUCUCGAUGUCAGGGCGGACGACCCUUCCCACGUUUACGUGCGAAUCGCGUGGUUUUAUUGGCCAGAAGAUCUCCCUAUGGGUCGGAUGGAAUACCAUGGUCGCAACGAGGUCAUCGAAAGCAACCAUCCUGAUAUCAUCGAUGCCAUGACCGUUAACGGUAAAGCUGACAUCAAGGAAUGGGACGAGGAGGACGAAGAUGCUUCCAUUGAGGGAUACUACUACCGCCAACAAUUUGAUUAUUUGAGCGGCCAAUUGACUACUCCCAGACAAUUUUGCAUUUGUAAACGAUAUUACAAUCCAGACACCAAGAUUGUAAACUGUUCCGAAUGUCAAAUCUGGAUGCACGAAGAGUGUAUCAUCAAGGACGCUAUCAGGCGCCACAAAAAGUCCAGCCUCACUGCCAAAAUCAGCGACGACUUGAAAUCCGACCCAAAUCCGACCCCCCUGGAGAAGGGAGCCAACAAAAGCCGUGAUAAAACCAAAAAAUCGACAUCUAAGCCUGACCAGGGCAUCGCAGCUGUCUUGUUCGAGGGAAAAAUUCGCAUCAGGGAAGUCACCAAAAAAGGCGACAACGAUUCUGAUUCAGGAUUGGAUUCCGACACAAUUAUCGACGAAGAUAUUCACUGCUUGCAAUGCGGCGAAGUCGUCUCUUGA